UAACUUAAGAUCUUUUCGUGUCUUAUUGAAAUCAGCUUGGUCUGAAAGUUUUAUGAACAUCGUGUCGUCAUAAAUGAGCGACUUUUUUGCACGUACCAGUUAGAAUAUAGUUAAUAUAAAGAGGCAUGGAGUUUCUGGACACCAGCAGAUCUGCCAAAAAGUAUGAUCCACAACGAACAGCAAGGUACAAACGAGCUGAUCCUCGUGCUACAAACGUGGUUCUUGGGUACGAUAACAAUAACAAUUGGGAAUCGAUUACCAAAAAAACACAAAGGAGCGUUAGCGAAGGAACAAAUAAAUUGGGAACAGCAGUAACUAAAGAUCGAAGCAUGACGACAGCACGCAAAAGAGGGAUGCUGUCAUCUUCGUUAUCAUUUGGCAACGAAAAGACGGAUUAUCGAACGGAGUCUACUAAUUAUUCUACGCACGACCUACAUACCUGGGGACCGCGUACGAAGUUACAGCGAGAUUCAUACUCAUGGACCGAUAAAGAGAGAUCAAAGCUACAAACCCUGAGGGUAAAAGGAAACCCUGUCUCUGGCAAUACUGUGAAGUUCGAACCGUACAUAAAGUUACCGCCGAUUGGAAGUGGGCCGUUUAUUGACGAGGUACCAAAAAUCAGCAAAGGUCACGAAGAUGUACGACAACAUCCAAUGAAUGGAAUACGGAGUGCAAAUAUGACAAAUGGAUCUGUUCGAAAUACGGCAAAUAUCAAUUUCGGUCGAUAUUACCAUGAUAACUGACUGAAUAGCGAGUAUUCAACAUUCGCAUAUUACUAACUGAAUUUGUUGUGUAAUUUCUUACGGACUAUUUAUUGCGAUUACUUUAAUUAACUAUGGUAUAAUUACUAUUACGUUUUGUUUGGGGGACAAGAGUCACGGUCAUUUCAACGAAGACAAUUGUUAAACUUUACAUGACAGGUAAUAAUUAUUGAAUUGAUUGUAUGAGGUUUCCUGUCAAUGUGAAUAACUUAAAGUAAACCAAAUGCAAUUCAUCUUAACAUCACGCACUCCCAUAUAUUCAUGUUUUUGAAUUCGGUCUCAUCCGAGACAUUACGCAACGAGAGCAUAUAUAUAUGCACUUUAAGGAAAUCAUUUUAAAGAUUCAGUUUGCCGAUUAUCGUAAGCAACUUUUUAAGUGGCAAUGAGACCUGUUUCUUCAGAGUAAACUUAGGCUAUGGGUUCCUAACUGGUCUUCUUUCUUAAACUAUUGACAGAUUUUGCUUCAAAGGCAGUGUUUUUACCUCUUUUCACCUAGUAGAGCUAAUGCAAGAUAAUGUUAUCAUAUAUAUGGGAGUAUUUGAUGCUUGCGACAUUGAUGGUUCUUUAUUAGAACUUGAUACCGUGAGUGGGUAGACCACCUUGUGCAGAGAUCAGCAACCUGCGUGUCGCAUGUGGCUCUUUGUUUUCGAAGCUCUGGCUCCCGUGGAUCAAAAUAGUUACAGCAGUUUUUCGUUAGCAUUGAGGAACUGCCAAAACAAACUUUUUUUAAGUUCUUCUCAUAGACUGUGUUUUUGCCUCGGGGAGACCAGGGUUACUGGCGAAUGCACCGUUGAUAUUUCAUAUAAAAGUACCUCAAAACCAAAUCCCUCGUAUUUCAUUUGGCUUCUUUUUAGCAAGAACUAGAUUAUUUGAUCAUAAGUGGUUUUUCCUAAGUUUUAAU